AUGAAUUUCAAUAGGGAUUUGAAUUUUGGUGUCGUUGAUGAUGUAGGAUUUGAUUCUUAUAUGUUGUCUAGUGAGGAUAUGUCUUUAGGAAAUUUACGUUUAUUGGAUGUAGAUAAUCGUUGUGUUAUUCCUAGGGUUGUUAGAGUAGGGUUCUUGAUUGGUUCUGAGGAUGUGAUUCAUUCUUGA